UCUUUCUUAAUGACGGUGUGACGUGGCCUUAGUAUAAAUACCAUGGUAACUACCUAGCUGCCGUAAACCGCAGCUGGACGCUGUGAUUAACCUCAUUCAGAAAGACAGCGAGAGAGACCAUUGUAUCACUGCGUAGCAUAACAUACCCGGUUAACAUCACCUUUAGACGUUUCUAAUGUUCUUAUUUCCUCGUUUAUGUAUUAAUUAUAAACAAUCAGUAGCCUAAACAAGCAGGACUAUGUACAGUCUUUAAAUUGAGCGCUGACAGUGUCAAGAACAGCUGAAGAUGCUCCACAGUGUUUGCUUUAUUGCAGCAAAAUAUUUAUCGCAUGUUGUUGCAAUAUAACUAAUUUUAUUGUCUGAGACAUUGGGACAUCUGACAGUAGUGAGAAAAUUCAGAUAUAUAAUUUUAAUUACACUUAUUAAUGAUUCAUAAAUCGUUUAUAACAUGGAGAGUCUGGCUGAUAUGGUAGUUAUGAGGCUGAUGCAGAAUUUAGAGAAACUCAGACAUCUUUUCUGUGUGGUGUUGGGUUUUCAAAGUCCAGAUCUGGGACAGAAGAUGAAUCUGGAUCCUAACCCGUUGAUUCCCAAAAUGGGGACGGUGGUCCCUAGAGGGGGCCAGAGGUUAUGACAGGGGGGGUGUGGCAAAGCACAGAAAGAAAAUAUGACGAGUAAUUUCUAGCCCUUGGCUUCCCCUGAGAGCCACACUCCUUCCUUUUCCCACAUCCUACCGGUGUGAGGUGUCUGUGGAAACGCACAAAUGAUCUUCAGAACAGUCUGACCUGAAGAGAACCAACACACAGAGACGACCCUGAGCUGCAGAUGGAGAAUGGAGACCUGGGUCACAUGAUGGGGGAGCCAGUGAGUCUGAAUGUGGGCGGCUGUGUUUACAGCACGUCUCGGUCCACGCUGCUGCGCUACCCAGACUCCAUACUGGGAGCCAUGUUCAGAGGGGACAUCCCCACCGUGAGGGACGCACGCGGGAACUACUUCAUCGACCGCGACGGUCAGCUGUUCCGCUACAUCCUGAACUUCCUGCGCACAUCAGAGCUCACGCUACCGUGCGACUUCAAGGAGACUGAGCUGCUCAGGAAGGAGGCUGACUUUUAUCAGAUUGAGCCCCUGAUGCAGUGCCUGGGAGACCCCAAACCACUGUUGCCUUAUCCCACCAACACCUACGAGGAGGUGGUGGAGCUUUCCAGCACCAGGAAGCUGUCCAAGUACUCCAACCCUGUCGCCGUCAUCAUCACCCAGCUCACCAUCACUACCAAGAUCCGUGCUGUUUUGGAGUCCAUCUCCAGCGGUUUCCCAAAGUGGAACAAACACAUGAUGGACACCAGAGACUACCAGGUGUCUUUCACCUUCGGACCAUGUGACCACCAACAGGAAGUCAGCCUGCGUGUCCACCUGCUUGACUUCAUCUCCCAAGCUGGUUUCACGAUACGUAACACACGUGUUCACCACAUGAGCGAGCGAGCCAAUGAGAACACAGUGGAGCACCAUUGGACGUUCUGCAGACCAACUCACAAAGUCAGAGGCUGAGGUAUGAACUCGUGGAUGGACAGACAGACGAUGUCAUGUCAUGAGUAUACGCAGACAGAGUGGUCUACACUCCCUCCCGCCCACUACGCUCUGCCAAUGAAAGGCGUCUGAUCCAACCUUCACCACAGGGUCCUAAGUCUCUGACUAGACUCUUCUCCUCUGUCGCCCCCCGGUGGUGGAAUGAACUUCCAAACUCCAUUCGAUCUGCAGAGUCCCUCUGCACCUUUAAGAAAAAGCUAAAGACCCAGCUCUUUCAUGAAUACCUGCUAACUUAAUGAUGAUGGUCUCCAUAUUAUUGAUGAUGAUGAUGGUUGUGACGAUUGUUUUUGUUUGAUAACGAUGACUUAUAAGAUGGUUUCUAUACUGAUUAGAGCUCUCAAGAACUGCCGUCAAUGUUGUGCUUUGCCUCUGGUCACUUCCUGUCAGCACCUGUGUGUCCAAUCAGACUCAAAGCUGAUCGUUUGCUCUUACUGACAUUGUUUCCUUUUUUUCUAGAUCCUUGCUUGUGUUGUUCUUACUCUCUGAUGUACGUCGCUUUGGAUAAAAGCGACUGCUCAGUGAAUUGUAGAAUUGAAUUGUAGAAAGAGACUCAUUGUUGGUUUUGUUGAUUGAUGUUUAUUUUUUCUACGAUGUGUUUUUUUUUUUUGUAAUUUUCUGUCUUCUCUGAGCUACAGCACAAUGUGAGGUUACUUGAUAGCUAGCACAUUAGCCACAUGUGAUUCCAUGUAUUGCCUUUGCCCAACAUGUACACAAGUUGGCAAAAGAAAAAAAAAAGUUGACCGUAGUCUAAUCUGUUUUAAAACUUCAAUGCUUUUUCGCACAUGCACUCCUAAAAAUUUAUAGAAAUUUUCAGGACAGUCAUCCUACGAAAUUACAAUGUGAUGUCCAUAACCAAUCCAAGAUGGCUGCCCAAGCAACAGAGUCUGCUGUGAUGUAUGGACGUAUUCACAGUAUCAUUGAAAGAGUGUAAAGGAGCAUACAUGCAAGCAGUGGAGUACAAAACAGGCUUAUUAAGUGCAUUAAGAUCCUCCUGCUGGCAUUCCCACAUCAGCUCAGCCAGACUUUUUGCAGACUGUAUACUUAAAGGUCACAUAUUCUCCUCCUCUUCAAUCAGUUUAAAUAAGUCUCAGAGCUCCUCAAAACAUGUGUGUGAAGUUUCUUGUUCUAAAUCCACUCUGAUCCUGUAUUUGAUCAUGCCUAUAAACCCCUCUAUUUCAGAACA